AAAUUACCCAUAACAAUGUCGAGUUUGAAACAUCUGUUGUUUCUUUCUAAUUUUCUACAACGAACUCAUCUGCGAAAUGAUAUUUUUCAUAAUAGAACUUUCUCGCACUACGAAUGUUUACUCUACAGCGCUUCAUACAGGCUACCGGUAUCACCCUCACCUUUGGGGGCUAUGUUAUUGGGAAAGGGGAAAGCAUGACGGUCGUAUGAGGAAAUUGAAGCUUUUUAGGGAAAAUGAGCAGGACAUAGUGGCAGCACUAAUUAUUUACUGGUUACGUGAAGUACAAGGUACAAGUGGUACAAACCGACUAGGGAAAAACAUUUUUUUAACAAUAAAUUUUGUGUGAUGGCAUUUCAAUUCACAGCCCCAGAAGCAAUAAACACAGACGUCGCUAUCAACGAAAAUGAAAAAACUCAAGAAGCUGUAGCAGUGGAGGAGAAUAAUGCUAAAAGUUCCGAGCGCACGAGUUGCUUCUCAAAGUCAUGGAAAGGUAGUGACGUAAUUCUUCAAGUUGAAAGUAAAGAUAUUCAUGCUCAUCGUUUUAUUUUGUCGAUGCAAUGUGAUGUGUUUGAAGCCAUGUUUAACAGUGAAUACGCCGAGACAACGAAAGAAAAGGUCGAGCUGAAAGACGAUAAAUACGAGCCAAUGAUCGAUUUCUUGUUAUUAUUGUAUCCGGCCAAUAUGAUGAACGAGGAAGUGAAACUGCGCGACGAAAAUAUUCUACAAGUUCUCGAAAUAGCAGACAAAUAUGGAGCAAUAAAUGUUGUAAAGCAAUGCAUGAAGAAGGUAAGAAAGAUUCGACCAAAGACAGCGAUGCAUUUACUGCCGUAUGCUGCAAGAUUUAACCUACCGACGGAUGUUAUAACCGAUGUGAUUGUUCGCCAUGUUUCAGCGAAAGAUUUAAAGAGUUUUUUCACACGAAACUGAUACUGAUCUUUUUUUGCGGUCAGUAAUUAAAAAAUGUGAGCUUUUAGAGAGUAUUGUAGAACGAGGAAACACUUUAAUAAUUCAACUAAUUCAAAAUGUUCUACAAAAUUGCGAGACAACUCAGACAACUGCUUCCUGUCACGACAUGGGUUUUUCCUUGUCAAAUAGUUCGAGUAACACUCGAUACCUUGCCAGUAACAGCAUAGGAUCAAAAGGAAAACAGAAUAAAAUCAUAAAAUUUGCAUUACCCUCAGAUAAACGUGUGAACUGUUUGAAACAUGGUGUAGGUUAUCUCGAGGAUUUCAAUGAAGCGAGAAAAUGCGAGAAUUGUUUGUUGGCUUACGAGAAGAAUUACGUUGUUAAUUGUGCGAAGAGACUUGUUCAUUGGAACGAUAAGAAACUAUCCAUCCUUGAAUUACUUAAAGAUAGUGAUGACAUAACAGCAUAUAGAAACCCAGUGGGCAAAACAGCGCUGAAACAAUGGUCAUCUCGAAUGACUGAAUGAAAGAUCGUGUACCUCCGAAUUAAAUGUAAUACUAAAUACAAUGAUAAAUACAAUUAAUCAGUAAUUAAUAUAAUUCUAUCAGUCUCAAACUUAUUGUAAAUAGAUUUAAACUAUCAAUGAUUUGCGUUUAUAUCUAUAAAAAUCCACAUGCAAA